CUCAUCAGAAAGCUGACAGUCAAGAAACAGUCAGAUCACUGAGCAGUACAAUCAUCAUGAAGUUCAACAGCGCUUUGAGUGCUGCUGCAGUCACACUUCUCUACAUAACAGGUUCGCUCUGCCAGUUAGAUGUAUGUGGUCGAGCUCCUCUCAAUAACAGGAUUGUUGGAGGAGAGAAUGCGACGGCAGGUUCUUGGCCGUGGCAGGUCAGCAUUCAUCUCUCCUAUAUGGGCAUGGACUUAGGCCAUUUCUGUGGUGGGACUCUCAUCAAUAAAGACUGGGUGUUAACUGCAGCGCACUGCUUCCAGUGGUUCAAUGCAUCUUACAUUGUGAUGUACUUCGGUCGUCUGAGUCAAUCUGGCUCAAACCCUUAUGAGACAAACAGGACAGCAAGUCGAAACAUCAACCAUCCUAACUUUAACAUUUCUAAUGUUGACAAUGAUGUAGCCCUGGUCCAGCUCUCCUCCUCUGUGACUUUCUCUGAUUACAUUAAGCCGGUCUGUCUGGCAGCGGCUGGGAGUGUGUUUGGUGGAGGGACGGAGAGCUGGGUCACUGGAUGGGGUUAUCUGCAACCUAAUAGGACUCAGCUUCCUGACACACUGCAGCAGGUGAUGAUACCAGUUGUGAAUAACAGUGCCUGUGCUAGUGUUUAUGGAGGGGUCAACAUAAGCAUCACAAGCAAUAUGAUUUGUGCUGGAUUGUUAAAUCAGGGAGGAAAAGGUGCAUGUCAGGGAGACUCUGGAGGUCCAAUGGCCAGCAAGAAAAGUUCCCUGUGGAUUCAGUCUGGCGUUGUAAGUUUUGGCAUGGAAUGUGCUGACCCCAAAUUUCCCACUGUGUUCGCCAGAGUCUCUCCGUUUCAGGACUGGAUCACGUCUUACACGGGCAGCAACCCGCCUGGAUUUGUCCUAUUCAGUGCAGCCUCCAACUUCAGAAGUGUUCCCAGCCUCCUCUUAUUCCCCCUUUCUCUCACAGUCUCCCUCAUUCCUUUCUCCCUCUUUCUCGCUUCCUAAAGUGAGUGAUUGAACAGUAAUUCUCAGGUUUGUUUGAUGAAGAGGACAGUUGUGCUGUAAAUGCUCUCAUGGUCCUGGAGAAAAGCAAGACACAUUGAGAAUAUUCUGCAUGUAACUUUAUUUGAAGGCAGUAAUUGUGUAGUUGGUGAUUCUGUAGUUACAGUAGCUGAUGCAUGUGAGCUAUUGCUAGCUAACUAUUAAUUGCAAGAGAUUUACUUUUCACGGUGAAGGUAUUUGAUCAUAAUAAUAAAUAAAUAUUUUGAUCAUAAUAAUGAUCAAUGAUCAGGAUUUAGAUUAUCAUUAAAAAACCUUUUUAAUUUGGUUAUUUUACUUUAAUUGUACAUCUUUUGUUUGGUAGCUGUCAUUCUUUUUCUUUCUUUUUUUGACAAUUAUUUUACAGUGUGGAGAAAAUCAUGUUGAUAUUUACAUGCAUCCAUUUGAAUCAUGUAUCAAGCAAAAUACACAAGAUAGUACUGAUUUGGGAAUUGACUCUCACUGUUUCUCUCUCUUCAUACUGUCUUAAUAUUUUUGUAUAAAGCUUGAAGCAUUUUUCCCCCCAAGAUUUUUUGAAUUUGAAUAAAAAUUUUACAAGUUAAAAAAUAAAGGUUUCAAAGUUAAUAUAUAUAUAUAUUGUAACAUUAUAAAAGUAUUUACAGUGUCUUUUUAUCAGCUUGAUGCAUUUUUGCUGAAUAAGCAUUAAUGUAUUCAAAUGUAAUAAUGUACACAAAAACAUUGUGCAGCACAAAUCUGUUUUCAACAUUGAUAAUAAUCAGAAAUGUUUCUUGAGCAGUAAAUCAUAUUAUUAUGAUGAUCAUGUCACACUGAAGUCUGGAGUAAUGAUGCUGAAAAUACAGCUGCACAUCACAGGAAUCAUUUUUUUACAACAAAUUUACAUAGAAAAUAGUUUUUUUUUCAUAGGUCUUUAAUUGAGGUGGAAUGCGGGUGGAUGACAUCACUCGGUUGAAAAAGAAGAUGCAAAAAAAGCCAUCCCCUUUGGAUGUAUAAUGUGUAUUAUGUAAAACUUAUCAUGCAAAUUAAAUGUUAAAAUGAUCUACUUAAGAUAAUUCACGAAUAACAGUGAUUAGCCAAUCAGAACUGGGUUCUGUAACAAGCUUCACACAAGCGUAAGCAAGUUUUCAUCAUUUUUCACACAAAAUGUUUCAAACGCAACUUUUGAAUUGCUUUAAAAAGAAGACAAAAGAAAAGGUGUGGUUUUUCCUUGAUAAGAUUGUAAAAACUUUCCGCUGACAUGAUGUUAUUGUGCUGUAUGUGUAACUGUGAGGGACUGAGAGAUGAUAGGAGAGCUGAAAUCACUGGAUCACUUGAAACAUCAAACAAAAAUACGUCUUGAGAGUCCAAAAGCAGAGUCCAGAAGCCUACUACAAUACAGGUAAAAAUAGUCUCAUAAUUCAAGCAAUUAACAAAAAAAUACCCAUAUAUGAGUUUAUAUGUUUUUAUAAUUAUUGCACAAGCAAUGUACAUUUCUGAAUAUCAGUAGGCCUACAUGCGAGAACAUGUGCUAUUAAUUUUAUACAGCAGUGCAUAUGAUGUUUCGUUCAAUGAAUGAAUCAGUUUUUGAACAAAUCAAGUGAGCCAGUGAUUCAACGGCCCAUUCAGAUGGACACUUUCCCUGUGUCCCAAUGUGCAUACUAUCCAGCCUGUCGGCCCUUAAUAGUGUUGAAAAAUUACUAAUAUCACAUAGAAUUUAGGAUGGAUAGUCUGCACAUUGGGAUGCGGUCUUGUUUCAUUUCUAAUUGAAUCAGCUGUUUUGAACGAUUUGUAUGAUUUGAACGAUUCAAUAAAUAAUUUAUCAAAACAUG